AUGUCCACCAACAAUAGUCAGGACACUAACACAGAAAAAUUUCAAGAGAUGCUAAGGAGAACUAGCGAUAGGUUGAGAGGUGGCUCAGUCCCACCGCCAGACUCAGAACCAGUAGUACCUAAUGCUAUAUCGGCCAGAACUACUGCCCAGCGUGGGAGGGGAUGUGGACGCGGACGUCGUGAUGGUACAUCGUCUACUAGGACCAGUGGUCAACCUUCCGCGGUGGAUAGCUCGACGCCUGUUGUGACCUUAACGGUACCAGGAGCAAACACCCAACCCCCACCUGCAUUACCUGCUCCAGGUGAUUUGGAUACCGGCCCAGAGCCUCCUCCAUCAACUCUCCAAGCCCCAACAGUCGACGCAACCGCACAAGGAAAUGGUGGAACGUUGGUAUUGCAUUCCGGUGGUCUAAUUGCAAGAGAUAACGUGGUUGUUACACCCAGCUUGCGUUCACCGAACCGCAGAGCUACCGUCACGGCCGUCGGAGAGAGUCCUCCAAAAGGAUUUCAGUCUUGGCUCCUAGCCAAUGGUUUAACAGUUGUUAACGACUCCAAUGCGAAUUCAUCGAACCGUCAAGGUGUCACCUCCGCGAUUACCCAAAGCCUAGCUUCAGCUGUUACAGGACAACACCAAUCGGCUCCUCUUUCUUCAUCAUCCUUAUCAACGGGUCCGGCACCAGUCAACACAGUUGCUCCUGCGAAAAAGAAAGUCUGGGACUUGACAAAAGACGAUGACGAUAGUGUAAAAGAUACCACGGAUUCAGCGACAAAGAAGAAAGCUGAAGUUGGUGAAGCGGGAAUUCAGACACACGGUUUGGUUGCGUUGUCGAGAUACUGGGAUGAUAAAAUGAGACCGAUGGACGGAUACGUUCCUUUAUCAAUCUUUAAUCCAAUAUGGUUACGUCAAGACUUACUUAGAGUGAAACCAAAAGCUAAAGGAGAUAAAGAAGAGACUCGUUAUUCAGGAUUACACGUACCAGAUGAAUGGAAAAUGACUUUUGGUGAAUGGGUAACAGCCUUUGACGUCUUUGUGUCUUACCUUUGUUAUUAUGACCAUGGCAAGCUGGCGGAUAUGUUCCUAAUUCAUAAGGCAAAUGUUUUGGCAAUCAAGGCGGAGCGGUUAUGUUGGCCUAUGGCAUUUUGUUAUGACCAGGCGGUUAGGACGACGGUGAUGACAAUUCGGAACGAAGAUGGUAAACUUGCCAAUCCUGCCGUUCGGGAUGAAACCUUAGAACGCAAUGCCCGGCUUGAUAGUGAGCGGAUGAACGACUUUCAGCCUCGGUUUUGUGAUAUCAAUCCUUAUGCAGACUUUGAAUGCAAAUCCAACAUCAAUCCCAUUUCUGGGGAGCUGCUUCCAGGCAGCGUAAUUCAAAACGGUACCAUUAUGAACUCACACAUGAAUCACUCGACCCACCCCGGUAAACCCAACACUAGGUCUUGGGCCUUUGCAAAUCAGUCUCAACCAUUCACACAUCAUCCAGCACAAUACGGAAGCCAGCCGGUGUACGACGGACCUGGAAGUUCAGGGUACCUUCAUUAUGAAGAUCGCCAAGGUGGAGGUCGUAAUGUGCGUGGAAGGGGUAGGGGUGGUUCGUGGAACAAUCAUAGUGGUGGUGGUAGAGACGAUUGUUAUGAUAGCCAGAGGGGUGAUGGUGGCAGAUCUUGGCGCAAGGAUGAUAGGCAAGAGGAUCGACGAGGAGGCAAUCGCGAGGUGACAGGCCCAAAAUAUGGUGGCGGGAAUAAGGCAAAGCUUGUGGUGGUUUGUUUGACCAUCGUAGCAGUUGUUGAGUUGGGGUACUCCUUACCUAAUGACUCGUUACUUCCUAGAAAGUUUGUUCUGACCAAAAACUUGAAUCCUACCCUUCCUGAUAUUCGCGGUGUAGAUUUGAUUGGAGAUCUGAAAUCCGGAGUCCAAGUGCGAACCCAGAAGUUAGGCGGUCUGACAGCUGGUCAGAUGUCGGUGAUGUGA